AUGAAGCUGCCGCGGAGCAAACGGAAGCUAGGAGUUACAUUAAUCGCUGUCAAGGAACUUCCACGAAAUAAGUUGAGAAAGUAUCAACCAGUCGCUGAAGGCCAAUUUAUCGACUAUGAAUCAUAUCAACCUAUGGAAAUGGGAAGCAGUUGGAAAACCAAACACUGUAAAGUCUUUCAAGAUAACAUUGAUCACAACCAAUGUGAGUACAAUGCCGACCUCGUGAACUCGGAGCAUGCAAAUCCGCUGGAAGCGGAACCGUGGAGUACCAGGUUACGCGGACGUCACAAAGGGAUCAACGGGGGCGCGGUCGGGAUCCUAGAGAAGUAUAUAAAGUCAGACCGGAUCGUCCGUGGGCACACUCAGCAAUCGGUCGGCAAGAUGAAGGCCCUCUUGAUCGUGGCAGUCCUGUUCGCCUUCGCCGCAGCUGAGAUACGCCAGCGUCGUGGAGCUAUUUGGGGCGGCUACCACGGAGGCUAUGGCGGCCAUCUUGGAUACGCACAUGGUGUAGCGGUUGCUGGGCCAGCUCUGGGUCCUAUUAGUGUCGCUGGUCCGCACGUGGGGGCUGCUUCGCUGGCUGGUCCAGCUAUAGGCCCAGCGAAGCUUUCUGGAGCCGUUUCUGGGCCUGUGCAAGUCUCUGGUGCCGUUGCUGGUUCCGCGGUAGUUACUGCGUCCAUUGCUGGUCCCGCCCAUGUCGAAGGUUACGGACCCUACGAUGGAACUGGCGGUCAUUACUCUGGGUAUCCAGGAUACGCAGGUUACGCAGGAUACGCGGGACACGCAGGACACGGAGUGGUCGUAGCAGGGCCAGCCUCUCAUGGAGCUGUUCUUGCUGGACCAGCGUCCCACGGAGUAGUCCUUGCUGGACCAGCGUCUCACGGAGCUGUCCUUGCUGGACCAGCGUCCCACGGAGCUAUUCUUUCCGGACCAGCGUCCCACGGAGCUAUCCUUUCCGGCCCUCAUUCAGGAAACGCAGCCGUAGCGGGUCCGAGUGCUGGUUCGGUGGUGAUCGCUGGUCCUUCUGGUAAAAUCACAGCCCAUGGAACCGGCCAUGGUGGUAUCCACACUGGUCACGGACAUUGGGUGCCACGUAUUCAGCAAGAAGCUUCGCAGCAAAUCCCUUCAAACACUCCUUUCAACAUGUGCACCCUGGUACCGGUCUUCUUCCUGGCAGUCAUGUCGGUAGCGACGGCAGCACCCUCGGGUCUGUUGGCGCAUGGAGCCGCGCUGGCUGGACCUCAUCUGGGCCCUUCGGCCCUCAGCGGACCUGUCGUGGGACCUUCCGCCCUUGCCGGACCUGCCGUUGGACCUGCUCACCUCUCUGGAGCUGUCGAUGGCGGCGCCGUGGUCACUGGAGCCGUUGCUGGCCCUUCGGUCGUCUCUGGAAGUGUCGCUGGAGUCGCCGCGGCGGCUCCAUGGGGUGCAGCGGCUCCAUGGGGAGCAGCGGCUCCAUGGGGAGCAGCGGCUCCAUGGGGCGCUGUUGCGGCUCAUGGCGCUUGGUCGCCUUGGGGUACAGUGUUGGCUGGCCCAACAUCGCACCCCGCAGCCGUCGCUGGCCCCGUUGCUGCACCAGCACUCAUUGCUGGACCAUCCGGUAGCAUAGCAGCUGGACCAGCCGGAGUGGGAGGAAUCGUCAGUGGAGCCCCACACUGGUAACCAUUUAUGCCGGACAACCAACUCCACGACAUCUUCGACUGAUCUCCCCGAUGCCCGCCAUUUUGAGACCGACCGCG